AUGAGCGACCUCGACCUCAACGCCCUCUUCGUCCAGUGGCUCCAGGAGCGCCACGACGAGCUCACCACAAAAGGCACCAAAACCGCACACGCGUAUCUCCGGGCGCUGGAGAAAAUCCGCGUGUUCCCCGACCACAUCACCACGCCGCGCCAGCUCCUCGGCAUCCCGUUUGUGGGCGCCAAGCUCGGCCAGUUCUUGUGCCGGCGGCUCGCGCAGCACUGUGCCGACCACGCGCUCGCCGUGCCGGCGGCGUUUUUCAACCACACGGGCCACGCCGAGGGCGGCCGGCGGGCGCACGAGCUCGACGCCGCGCCGCCCGCAAAGCGCCGCAAAGCGCCGCCGCCGUACGUGCCCAGGCGGCGCAGCGGGCCGUGGGCGAUUCUCGUGGCGCUCCACACGCGCGACCGUGCGCGGCGCGGGCUCCGCAAGGAGGCCGUGAUUGCCGGCGCCGAGGCCCACUGUGACCAGUCGUUCACGGCCAACGCGGCGGCGCGCGACUUCCACUCGGCCUGGGCGGGCGUCAAGACCUUGGUGCGGCGGGGGCUCGUGCACGAGCACGGCCGCCCGAAGACGUACGUUCUCACGGCGGAGGGCGCCGCGUUGGCCGCGGUUCUCCUGCGGCAGGAGGGCGUGCACAGCCUGCCGGCGCGGGGGGCCGACAUGUCGUUCGACAACGGCGUGCGCGUGACGCCCAGCUCGUCGGUGCCGCACGACGCGGCCCAUAAAACAUACGCCGGCAUCUCCUACGACGUCUGGGCCCCCGCAGACUUCGACGUCGUGCUUCUCCUCGACAACCGCGAGAUCCGCUCCAAGAGCGAGCGCGACUUCUUCCACAACAAACUCUCCGCUCGCGGCGUCGCCUGCGACGUGCGCGGCCUAGCCGUGGGCGACGUGCUCUGGGUGGCCCGCCACAAGCACACGCGCGCAGAAGCCGUGUUGAACUACGUGUGCGAGCGAAAGCGAAUCGACGACUUGGCCUCGUCCAUCCGUGACGGCCGCUUCGCCGAGCAGAAGGCGCGCUUGAAACGGUCUGGCAUCAAAAACAUCUACUACCUCGUCGAGGAGGCCGGGCUCAUGGACGCCCUGCGUGUGGUGGACAUGAAGGCCUCGCUCGACACCGCCAUCGCCAUGGUCAUCACCGUGUCCCGCUUCUACAUGCAGCGCUUCCGCAAGGUCGACGACACCGUCGAGUGGCUAGCGGCCAUGUCCAAGGUCUUGCUGCUCCGCUACCUGGCCACCCGCCUCCUCGUGCUCAAGCCCCGGAACGUGCACACCCACGACGCGUACUUGCGCAUGCUCCAGGACUUCCGCCCCAAGUUCGAGACCCGCUCCACGCCCUACGAGUGCGUGCACUUGCUCGCCAACUACCAGGACUCCUUGCUGAAGUCCAGCAUGACGACCGUGAAAGAGAUCUUCGUGAAGAUGCUCAUGCUGGUGCGCGGCGUCUCGUUCGAAAAGGCCCUCUUGAUCCAGCGCCACUUCCACACCCCGCGCGCACUCAUAGAGUUCUACUUGGAAAACGACGCUUUGACCGAGGACGAGAAAGGCGCCUUGAUCUGGGACAGGUUCAAGGAUGAGGUGGGGCCCCGCAAAUUCUCCAAGCCGGCGCUGGUGGCCAUGUACGAGGCGUGGGGCAAGGCCACAUGCUAG